AUGGAUGACUCUCAGAUGCUCCGGGAGUAUUACACGCCGCCUGUCAGGCGUUUCAUUGAGGCAAUUCUUCUCUCAGAAAACACUCCUAAGUCUCACUUUCGCUACUUAACCACGGUGAUUGUGGGUCGUCUCUCAGCAGGCGAUACAAUCCGUAAGAUCGGGUUACUCGUCUACUCGGAGCAACACAGGUUAUCGGAUCUCAUGAAGCCGCGCUGGCGAUGGUUAAACAUCCACUCCCACAUGAUCGAGAGCUACGGUAUGGAAGAUGCGGUCUCUACGGAAACUGCCUUGCUGAAACUGUGGAAGGCAAUGAUAGAAGUGACCGAGAAUGACGAUGACCUGACAACUGCUUGGGAAUUUGCACUGGACAACUUUGACGACACGAAGGAGCUUUUGGACGCAGCCGAGUUGGAUCGCACUGAGUUUCUUAGUUGUUUGCUGAGCGGGAUGCGCAUUUGA